AUGAAACGUAAGUCUGAUAUGAAAUCUGAGCGGGGUGGCUUAAAGCGAAGUCGCCAAUCUGAGGAGCCUUCAUUGAGACUUUUAAUUCCCUCUAAAGUUGCUGGUUCUAUUAUAGGUAAAGGAGGUAAGAAUAUUAGUCGACUAAGAUCAGAUUUUAAUGCUACUCUCCAGGUACCCGAUUGUUCAGGCCCAGAAAGAGUUGUGUCAAUUACUGCUGAUCAAGAAACAUGUGUUAAUAUCUUGGGUGAAAUCAUUCCAUGUUUGGAUGAAUUUUUUUCUUCUUCAAAGAAUGAAGUGGACGUCAGGUUGCUGGUUCACCAGUCCUUAGCUGGAUGUGUCAUAGGCAAAGGUGGUGCUAAGGUUAAAGAACUAAGGGAAAAGACUUCAGCUAAAAUCAAGAUUUUUGGAAACUGCUGCCCACAAUCUACUGAUCGUGUUGUCUCAGUUGUAGGUUCUGCUGAAGUUGCUUUGAAUGGAGUUAGGGAAAUACUUGCCUUACUGAAAGAUACUCCCCAGAAAGGAUAUUCUGAACUGUACGAUCCUUCUAACUUUGAUGAAGAAUUCGCUGAGGAUUACGGUGGCUUUGGAAGUGGAAGAAUCAGUGGUGGAAGGCCUAUAUGGGAAGGCGGUGCUCCUGGCCGAUUUCCAUCACCCCCUCCUCCACGAUCAGUACCCUUUAGAAGAGGAGAUAUACCUGAUCAGACCCAAGUGACUAUUCCAAAAGAUUUAGCUGGGGCCAUUAUAGGAAAGGGUGGAUCCAGGAUCAGAAAAGUGCGCUCGAAUUCUGGAGCAGAGAUCACUAUAGAUGAGCCAUUACCAGGUUCUAAUGAUAGGAUUAUUACUAUCAAAGGAAAUCCAGAUCAGAUACAGCUGGGUCAGUACCUGUUGCAGCAGGCAGUUAGAGAGUCCCGCAGCAGAUACUGA